AGAUCUAUAAUAAAGCUCUUAUAAGCUUUAUCGUGUUCUUCUUUUUGUUUAGCUUACAUUUUCGCUCCUAAGCUUACUUAGCAUAUCUUAAAGUUUCAAGGGUGACUAAGUGCCAUGCGGAUAGGCAAAGGAAAAACUUAUAUACGUGACAAACAGCUAUAGAGAAACCUGGGGAGUUAUUAAUUUAUAUGGUAAAACUGUGAAAUAAAGAUCAUUUGGGCUUUGAGGCCGUUAUUAAAUAGAUAUUUAACGUCUUGAACUUGUAGCCCAAGCCCAAUAAAAAUGUAGGCCUAAUUUGAGAUGUCACCACCAUAGUUCAUAGUCACUGGGAAGCACUUCUUUCGUCCUCUCCUGAACAAGCCUCUUCCUCCACUUCAGUUGCCACAACCAUACAUGGGCAGUCUAUAACAGUUAUGUGAGGUGUAUUCUUGGGCACUUAAAUAAAAUAUUUUCAGCCGUUUGGUAGGCUUCUACCCCAAAGUAAAGUGGUCUUUUUUCAAGGCUCUAAGCUCAAGACCCGUGCCUGGCUCGGGGAAUAUCUAGUUUGGAUAAUUUUGCUGAAAGAUGAUUGAUGUUGCUGUGUAUACAACAGUCUGGAGUUGGAGGAAUUAUUUUAACUAUUCAAGUAAUUACUGCAAAAGUUCAAGAAAGUUGAAGGCACCCAAACAUGCAAACGGCUACUCAUCUUCAUCCUUUUUUUUACAUCUCCAGCAGAAGAAGCUACAUCAAGCAAAAUGGGCACAUGGAGAUUAAAACCUUGAAUUCCAGUCAACUCCGCUUCACUGUAGGAGCAAGCAUUUAUAAAUAUCUGUCACGCGAGCGGCAAACCAAAUUGUUCGCAACUCCUAACACAAAUGAUGGUCGCCCAUCUGUGUCUCUGUUAGAUGAAGAAACAAUUACUAAUCAUGCACCUAACUCUGAAGUACCAGCAUUCUUGAGCAAAUGGUCACCUCCUGGCUACCUUUGGCGGGGAUUGUCUGUUCUUGUCUUGGCAGGACAAGUAAUUAUCCGGAUCUUAAAGGGAAAAAUUCACUGGAGAAACACUCUUCAACAGCUGGAGAGAGUUGGGCCAAAAUCGGUUGGGGUUUGUCUCCUGACCUCUGCAUUUGUAGGCAUGGCUUUUACCAUUCAGUUUGUUAGAGAGUUUAUUAGACUGGGAUUGCAAAGAUCUGUUGGCGGUGUAUUAGCACUAGCCUUUUCAAGGGAGUUGAGUCCUGUGGUCACAUCAAUAGUUGUUGCUGGGCGGAUUGGGAGUGCCUUUGCAGCAGAGUUAGGAACAAUGCAAGUUUCUGAACAAACCGACACACUAAGAGUUCUUGGCACAAAUCCUGUUGAUUAUUUGGUGACGCCUAGAGUUAUUGCUUCCUGUCUUGCUCUACCAUUGUUGACAUUGAUGUGUUUCACAGUAGGGUUGGCAUCGAGUGCUUUGCUAGCCGACAGUGUUUUUGGAGUAAGUAUUAACAUUAUAUUGGAUUCGGCUAAGAAAGUACUUAGACCAUGGGACCUAAUUAGUGCGAUGAUCAAGUCACAGGUUUUUGGUGCAAUCAUAUCAAUUGUGAGCUGUGCUUGGGGAGUUACUACUUCAGGAGGCGCCAAAGGCGUUGGUGAAUCGACAACUUCAGCCGUGGUUAUCUCACUUGUUGGUAUCUUUAUUGCUGAUUUUGCACUCUCAUAUUUCUUCUUCCAGGGAGUUGGAGAUUCUCUGAAAAAUGCUAUGUGAUCAAAUUGAGACUCUUUGACAAUGUAUGAUAGAAUAGUAUUCAACAAAUUAAUAUUGUUGAAGUGGCAAAAAGAAAAGAAAUGAAAAAAGAAAAUUAUCAUUGGUUCUAUUUUUUAAAUCUUACUAAUAUAAACAUCAUUGGAGUAGGUAUGCAACUUGAAUUGCUUCAAUAAAAUAAGCCAAUUGCUGGAUUUUGUA